UCACAACGCUUCCACGUGACAAACAAAAAUUACAGUGGGGAAAAAAACACAGAGCAAGCAAUUUGAUCAGCCAUGGCGGUUUCUCUUUACUCGUUGAUCCUCAUCUUCUUCUGUCUUUCUCUUGCUUUUAACCCUUCAAAUUCUCAACCAUUCAUCGGAGUGAACUACGGCGAAGUCGCCGACAAUCUCCCGCCGCCGCCGGAGACGGCGAAGCUUCUCCAAUCGACGACGAUCCAGAAACUCCGGCUGUACGGAUCCGACCCGGGAAUCAUCAAGGCCUUGGCCAAUACCGGAAUCGAAAUCAUAAUCGGUACAUCGAACAACGACGUACCCGGUUUAGCAUCAGACCCGGUUUACGCUCGGAAUUGGGUCCAAAUCAACGUCGUACCGUAUUUUCCGGCGAGCAAAAUCUCGCUCGUCACCGUCGGCAACGAGGUCACGACGUUCGGCGACAGCAAUCUCAUGGCCCAGCUCGCGCCGGCAAUGCGAAAUGUCCAAAACGCCCUCGAUGCUGCGGGGCUCGGCGGCGGGAAAAUUAGAGUCUCGACGGUUCAUACCAUGGCGGUUCUAGGAGCGUCGGAGCCACCGUCGGCGGGAAAAUUCAAUCCCGGUUUAGGGGAUGUGUUGAAGGGAGUGCUGGAAUUCAAUAACCAAACCGGUUCACCGUUCGCGGUUAACCCGUACCCGUAUUUCGCGUACCGGGCCGACCCUAGACCGGAAACGUUGUCGUUUUGUUUGUUUCAGCCAAACUCCGGGCGCUUUGAUUCAAACACAAAGAUCAAGUACAUGAACAUGUUCGAUGCGCAGGUUGAUGCAGUAAGAUCAGCAUUAGACGGAAUGGGAUUCAAGAACGUGGAGAUAGUAGUUGCGGAGACAGGGUGGCCGUACAAAGGCGACCCGAACGAAGUGGGGGCGACCGUAGAGAACGCAAAGGCGUACAAUGAAAACCUCGUAAGUCACUUGAGAUCGAUGGUCGGGACGCCAUUGAUGCCGGGCAAAUCCGUCGACACGUACUUGUUCGCGUUGUACGACGAGGAUCUGAAGCCUGGUCCCAUGUCCGAACGAGCUUUCGGUCUCUUCAGGCCGGAUCUAACCAUGACUUAUGACGUGGGGCUUUCCAAGAGUAGUAGUAGUGGUGGUAAUAACCAGGCACCUGCAACACCAAAGACUCCGGCAACAUCUCCAAGGUCUCCGGCCACAACUCCGGCACCGAAUAAGAAUACCAACUGGUGUGUUCCAAAAGCUGGGGUUUCGGACAGUCAGUUACAAGCCAACAUAGAUUACGUGUGCGGCACUCAAGCUUUAGACUGCAGCGCCAUCCAGCCCGGCGGGUCGUGUUUCGAGCCCAACACGGUGGCCUCGCAUGCCACUUACGCCAUGAACCUUCUGUUCCACGCGGCGGGUUCCAACCCCUGGAACUGCGACUUCUCCCAGACAGCUACUCUCACUUCUAAUAACCCCAGUUACAAUGGUUGUACUUAUGCAAGUGGAAGCACCUGAACACACUGUAACAUCACAAGAGAGCAACUCUGAGAUUUAGGGUUUGUGUAAUUGAUGAAUCUAAGAACAAGAAAGUGUGAAUGAGUUGCAAUAUAUGUGUAUGCGUGUGACUACGUUGUAUAUCUCCUAUAUAGUUUUAAGUAGUGGUGUGCGUUUUGUGAACUAUACUGAACCAAAAAAUACGGUAUUUUUUCUGGUC